UGAUCCGACAGUAACCCAUCGGCGAUCAUGUCCUCAUUGAGGUCGCUCCUCAAUCCGACGGAGGCCGACAAUGGCAGCACGAGCUCCGACGCGGCCAAGGAGCCGAGCGACCGCAAGCGGCGCCACGACCGCGCCAAGGCGCGCUACAUGGAAGAGGUCUCGUACCUCCAGGAGAAGAGCAAGGAGCUCCAGGACCAGCUCGACGGCCUCGAGCGCUCCAAGAAGCGCAAGACCGAGACAACAGCGUCGGUCUGGGAAGGCUUUGCGCGGCGCCAAGCGCUCGAGCGCCAAGAAGCGCAGCUCGAAAACGCCAAGCUCAAAGGCGUGCUCACGCAGCAGCUCUCGAUCAUCAAGGGCCUCGAAGCCGUCCUUUCGCAGCGCCCGCAGCUUCUCACGUGGCCAACGCUGCCGAUGAACGACGCGUCAAUAGUUCGCUUCCCAAAGGACCCAGCGCUGCGCGCGGCCGAGUUUGAGCGCGUCAUGACCUACGAGCUGACGUGGCCAACGCUGCCGAUGAACGACGCGUCGAUCGUGCGCUUCCCAAAGGACCCAGCGCAGCGCGCGGCCGAGUUUGAGCGCGUCAUGACCUACGAGCUGGCCCGGCUCGACGAGACGUACCGCAAGUUUGGCCUCGUCAACACGCUCGACACGUGGAAGCAGGUCGUCGUGCGCAUGGACGAGGCGACCCACGAGGUCGUGCUGGACGUGAGCUUCAGCUUGGUCGUGCACGUCCCCGCGCGCGUCUUGGCCGACGCCAUGACCAUCAUCUACAUCCCAAACGAAGAUCUGAGCGUCCGCAACGGCAGUGUCAAGUUUCUCGAGCGCUUUGACCCGCACUCGGUCUACGUCCAGCGGAUCUUUAACAUCACCAACCUCCCGCAAGUCGUCGCCCACUUUGCCUGCCGGUGCGCGCGGGUCGCCGCCGACCACGCCAAGUUCGCACUCGUGUCCGUCAUGGACGACGACGCCGUGCCGUACCCGCACCACGCGCUGCGGUCCCGCGAGCACAUUUAUGCGAGCGCCGAGCCGCUCAAUGGCACGCAGUCGCGCUGGAAGAUGGUGCGCCGCGUGCACAUUCCGGCGUCGCUGACGGCGCAGGUGCCCGUGCCAAUUGGCGCACUCGUCGAGCUGCUCUUGCACUGCUACUCGGACAACAUUGAGAUCCUCAUGCGGCGCAUGCGCGACGUGCUCCCGGGCGUCGCAGGGCUCGCGCCGCACUCGGACCUCGUCGAGCCGGCGGGCGAGCUCAUCCAGCUCAACCAAACGAGGUUGUCGCCGACGCACUAA